CUUAUGAAGGAAGUAUGCCGUGAAGCCCUUUAACGAAAGAAAUGCGCCCUCAUUGGUUUCCACGGUGUUUACGGAGUGAGAGCCAAUCAUAUGUGCCCGCUGAUCCAGGUGAUAUCCCUCCUACCAGUAUCUCCGGAGUAGGUUUAUUUUGGUUUACCCCCCGCUCCUGUAUCGCCGCCAUUAGAGCCAGUCACAUCGGCAACAGAAAUGGGAAUUCCGGUGUUUAAAACCCACUAAAACCCGCUUUGAUCCGAAGAUCGCGGUGGUGGUUGGGGUUUCAGAGGAAGGGAGAGAAAUAACAUGGGUGUUCGGCCGCAGAAUCCCUCGGCUGUCUCGGUAGAUUGUCGGUGCUGAGCUGGAUUUGGACCCGAUCGGAUUGGGUUUCGGUAGGACAGACGUUCGGUUUGCAGAAGGGCGAACUCGGGAACGGUAGUGUUUGCAAACACAAGUGUGGAGGGCAAAGACAGGAGAAGCUGGAGGCGCUGUGACUGUGAGAGAGUUAAAGCAGGUGAAGAACGGAGGACCGACCGGCGGGAGGGAGGGAGGGAGGGGGGGGGCGAUCAGCUGCUGUGACCAGCACGAGCGAGGAUGACAGAUUUUGGCUUGAAGUGGAGCUGCGAGUACUGCACCUACGAGAACUGGCCGUCCGCCAUCAAAUGCACCAUGUGUCGGGCUCAAAGGCACAACGCGCCCAUCAUCACCGAGGAACCCUUCAAGAGCAGCUCCAGCCUGGACCCGCAGCUCUGCACCACCCAGCUCAUCUGCCCCGACUCCAGCGCCCGGCCUCGGGUCCGGAUCGCCGACGAGCUGCCCGAGACCAGCAGCAAAUGGUCCUGCCACAUGUGCACCUAUCUGAACUGGCCCCGUGCGAUUCGCUGCACGCAGUGCCUCAGUCAGAGGCAGCAGGACUCCCAACACGCCCCGCUCAGUCCGUCUGAAGCCCCACAGACGUCAGAUUCAGGGUCCAGACCUACUCCGGUCACCUCGGAUCCGUGCGAGGAGUACAACGAUCGGAAUCGGCUCAACAUGCACGCGCAGCGUUGGCCGUGCUCAGCUUGCACCUAUGAGAACUGGCCAAAGAGUUUGAGGUGUGUGGUGUGUGACCACCCUAAACCCAGCAGCUCGCCCGAGGCGCCUCAGCUGGAUUCGGAAGCGGAGAGCGCUACUUCUCCGUCGAUAGUGAACGAGCAGGAGCGGGAUAACCUAAGGACAGCGGGGGGAGGGGGGGUGAGCAGGGGCAGGCAGAGGAAACUCUCUCCCCCUACGUGUAAAGGGCAGGCGGAGGUGAAGAUCGAGCUGGCGUCGGGAGCGGUGGGCAGUGAUAACGAGCAGGAGGCGGACUUUAAAAAACUCAAACAGAUCCGGAACAGGAUGAGGAGAGGCGACUGGCUCUUUCUGAACGCCUGCGCUGGUGUAGUGGAGGGGGAUCUGGCCGCUGUGGAGGCGUAUAAGUCAUCCGGUGGUGACAUCGCACGUCAGCUGACCGCAGACGAGGUGCGGAUUCUCAACCGCCCAUCUGCGUUCGACGCUGGCUUUACUUUGGUGCAUCUGGCCAUCCGCUUCCAAAGACAAGACAUGCUCGCGGUGCUGCUCACGGAGGUAUCUCAGCAAACGGCGAAGUGUAUACCUGCUCUGGUGUGUCCUGAGUUAACAGAACAGAUCCGCAGAGAGGUGGCGGCAGCACUUCACAGACGUAAAGGAGAGUUUCCCUGUUACUUCUUCACUGACCUCGUCACCUUCACAUUACCAGCAGAUAUUGAAGACCUUCCCCCAAAUGUUCAAGAGAAACUGUUUGAUGAAGUCCUGGAUCGAGAUGUACAAAAAGAGCUGGAAGAGGAGUCUCCCAUUAUUAACUGGUCUCUGGAGCUGGGCACGCGUCUGGACAGCCGGCUAUAUGCUCUGUGGAACCGAACCGCUGGAGACUGCCUUCUGGAUUCAGUGUUACAGGCCACGUGGGGGAUUUACGACAAAGACUCUGUCCUGAGAAAAAGCCUCAACGACAGCUUACACGACUGCUCUCACUGGUUCUACACACGCUGGAAAGAGUGGGAAUCUUGGUAUUCCCAGAGCUUUGGUUUGCAUUUCUCUUUGCGGGAGGAACAGUGGCAGGAGGACUGGGCGUUUAUACUGUCAUUAGCGAGUCAGCCGGGUGCGAGUUUAGAGCAGACGCACGUGUUUGUCUUGGCACACAUCCUUCGGAGGCCUAUCAUAGUGUACGGUGUGAAAUAUUACAAGAGCUUCAGAGGAGAGACGCUGGGAUACACACGCUUUCAGGGUGUAUACCUGCCUCUAUUAUGGGAGCAGAGUUUUUGCUGGAAGAGUCCUAUUGCCCUGGGUUACACACGCGGACAUUUUUCCGCCUUGGUUGCCAUGGAGAACGAUGGCUACGAUAAUCGAGGUGCGGGCGCCAACUUGAACACAGACGAUGAUGUCACGGUCACUUUCCUUCCACUGGUUGACAGUGAACGAAAGCUGUUGCACAUUCACUUUCUGUCAGCACAAGAGAUGGGGACGGAGGAGCAGCAGGAGCGGAUGCUGCGGCAGUGGAUGGACUGCUGUGUUACAGAGGGCGGGGUUUUGGUGGCCAUGCAGAAGAGCUCAAGGAGGCGGAACCACCCGCUUGUCACUCAAAUGGUGGAGAAGUGGCUGGACGGUUACCGACAGCUUGCCGCUUGUCCUACUCUCUCUGACGGGGAGGAAGAAGAGGAGGACGAAGACGAGUGAAGAACCACCGGCGUCACUUUAACACUACAACACGGCCCCCUUGCGUUCCCCCACAUACGGAAACACACAAACCUACACACCCCUAGCCCUGACCGAACGACAAACCCGAGCUAUCCUUUUUGUUUUUUGUCCCUAAUACGACAAAUGGGUUUGUUGCAAAAUAAAGGAAUGCAAUCAUGA